AUGUAUCAAUUCAGAGAAAAGUGUUAUACAAAGGACCUCAAAGAAGGGAAAAUUGGAGACUCAGCUCUCAGGGAUGAAGGAGCACCAUUAAAUAUUUUCUCUGUGCAUCCCUCUGCAGGAUAUCAUGACAAGCCUUCACUCUCUGCCUGGCCAAGCCAUAUUGUUCCUUUGGGACAGCAUGUGGAACUUCGAUGUGACUCUCACAGUGACUAUUACACAUUCAUGUUGUACAAAGAACAUGGUAAUCCUAUCCCUCAGAUCCAGGGAAGACCAUUCCAGAAGAAAUUUGUCUUGGAUCCUGUGACAUCAGAACAUGCAGGGACAUACAGAUGCCAUGGUUUUAAUUAUCAUUACCCUAUUAAAAUUUCAACCAACAGUGACCCUGUGAAGGUCAUAAUUUCAGGAAUCUACAGAAAGCCUUUCCUUUUGGCCUUACAAACUCCCCUGGUGGAUUUAGGAGAGAAGGUGACACUGCAGUGUCAUUCAGAGAUUAUGAUUGAAACCUUCAUUUUGACAUCACAUAAAAAUGGAACAAUCAAGGACUCUUUAAAGCUCUCUGCAGAACAUCAUCUUGGGGGUUCCCAGGCGAAAUUCUCAAUAGGUCCUGUGACACCUGACCAUGCUGGAACUUACAAAUGCUACGGUUUUUACAAUCACUCACCAUAUGAGUGGUCAGACUCUAGUGACCCCAUUGAUAUAAAGAUCACAGGUUUAUACAAGAAACCUUCUCUGUCAGCCCUGAUGGGCCCUGUGGUGAUGUCAGGAGAGAUCAUGACCUUGUCCUGUGUCUCUGACCUUCAGUUUGACAUGUUCCAUUUGUCCACGGAAGGGGUACCCAAGGGACAUGGGCUGCCUGCAGUGCAGAACCAAAAUGGGACUUUCCAGGGCAACUUCCAUCUUGGUCCUGUGGUCCAGGAAGGGAACUAUAGAUGCUAUGGCUCUUUCAGGAACUCAUCCCAUGUGUGGUCCACACCAAGUGAUGCCUUGUACCUUCCUGUCACAGUUGAUUCAACAAGAAACUGCACUUCAUGCACAGAAGCAGACUCUACAACCAGUGAGUAA